AUGCGGACUUUUCUCAUAGCAGAUAUGGAACAACCCAUUCUUGGAUGGGAUUUCCUGCAACACCAUCGACUUAUUGUGGAUCCCGCAGGUGCAGUACUUCGAGCCUCUCCUAGUACCUCUACACAGGUUAACAGCGUCACCCCAGUUGCAUCUACGGAACUUCAAUCUGCCGACGCUUCAAACACAGCUAUUGGUGAUGUACUACAACAGCUCAUUGAAAGAGAAUGGCGCCCAAUUGCAUUCUUUUCAGCACGCCUGUCACCCACUGAAGAGAAGUACAGCACUUUUGAUAGGGAACUG